AUGGUGGUGGGUGCGAAUAUUCGGGGAGAGAAAUUUUGGAGGAAAAAAUUAUGGAGAACAAAUGAAGAAUUGAUUGGAAUGGUACACAUUUGCGAAUUGGGUCUCGUUUCUCUCUCUUCAUUCUUCGGAAAAUCUCUCAUAACAGAGUACUGUAUGCAUAUCUUUGUUUUUCAACUCAAGCAGUCAUCAAAUCUUUCAAUUCGAUUCCACGGAGCCUUGGAUUGCUUUUGCGCACCUCGCAAGACUGAACCACAUAUUGCUUCUCUUAUUAACAUGUGUAAGGGCGUACUGGAUUCUUUGUUUUUUGGAGAUACAUGUGGCUUUUGUAAGAAAUUUGGGUUAAUUAAAAAAGGUCCAAUUAUACACUCCUUUUGGGCUGAUCGAAUUUAUACUAACUCUACAAAUGACUUGAAGGGCUCCAUUGGCUACAUACCUCCAGAAUAUGGUAUGGGAGAGAAACCAUCGAUGGCUGGAGAUGUGUACAGUUACGGAAUCACGUUGCUGGAGCUUUUAACUGGAAACAGCUCUAAUCAUGAGAGUUCCACAGCAGAUUUAAGCUUGAAGAAAUGGGUGCAAAUGGCAUUCGCAACCAAUGUAGAUCAAGUGUUGGAUCCUGGUCUGGUGCCAAUCAAUUGUAGUGAUGUUCAAUCCAUUACUUCAGAGUCAUAG